CUGCAUUCUACCCUGGACCAUCAAAUUCACCCAUCGCAGUCAUGCUCGGAAAAGUCGCUUUCGAAGAAGCCUUUGCGCUUCCUCGCUUCAAGGAGCGGACAACAUGGUGGGCAGGACUCUUCGCCGUCGACCCUGAGAAGCACACUCGAGAGAUCAACGACAUCAACAAGCUCCGCAUCGAGAAGAUGGACCAAUUCGGUGUCGGCUACACUUUGCUGUCGUACACGGCUCCCGGCGUGCAAGAUGUGUGGCAACAGGAGGAGGCCGAUGCACUUGCUCGGGAAGUCAACGAUCACGUUGCUGCUGAAAUCAAAGGGCACGAAGACAGGCUGGGAGCGUUGGCCACUCUCAGCAUGCACGAUCCUCAGACUGCAUCGGCUGAACUCCGCCGGUGCAUCAAAGACUACGGCUUCAAGGGUGCACUGGUGAACGACACUCAGCGCAAUGACGAAUCUGGAACUGGCAUGAUCUUCUAUGAUGGCCCGGAAUGGGAUGUCUUCUGGUCUACUGUCCAGGAACUUGACGUCCCGUUCUACCUCCAUCCACGGAACCCCACUGGAGUCUUCAUGGAGAAGCUCUGGGCGCCACGCAAAUGGCUCGUUGGCCCACCGUUGAGCUUUGCGCAAGGCGUGUCCCUCCACCUUCUCGGGAUGGUGACGAACGGCACAUUUGACCGCUUCCCCAACCUUCAAGUCAUCAUCGGUCACUUGGGUGAGCAUUUGCCAUUCGACCUAUGGCGUAUCAACCACUGGUUCGAAGACAUCAAGAAGCCGCUCGGGCUGGACUGCAAGAAGACCAUUCGGGAGUACUUCAACGAGAACAUCUGGAUUACCACUUCCGGACACUUCUCGACACCGACGUUGGAAUACUGCAUCAAGGAGAUUGGCGCGGAGAGAAUCUUGUUCUCGAUCGACUACCCGUUCGAGAAAUUCGAGGAUGCUUGCGAUUGGUACGAUGGUGUUGAGCUGGAUGGUCCAGACACGGUGAAGAAGAUCGGCAGGGAGAAUGCGAAGAAGUUGUUCAAGUUGGGUGCCUUUAAGGACGAUAGCGCUUGA